UAGAAUUUUGGUAAGUCAGUACGGUACCCAAUUAGUGAGACUUGCACGUUUUACAAAAUGGUACUGUUAUAUUUGGCGGUCGGGGUAGUAUUGACUACAGCACUAGCUUUGUAUGCUUACUUUACAAGAACCUUCAACUACUGGAAAUCAAAAAAUGUCGUCGGUCCGGAGCCAGUGGCAUUUUUCGGAAAUUUGAAAGAAUCAACCCUCAGAAGAAAGAACAUUGGUGUCGUUUUCCAAGAAUUUUAUAAACAGUUCCCUAACGAGAAGGUUGUUGGUGUGUACCAAAUGACUACACCGUGCCUAUUACUCCGCGAUCUAGAUAUUAUUAAACAUAUUAUGAUCAAAGAUUUCGACGUGUUCAUUGAGCGCGGAAUUGAAUUCAGUAAAGAAGGUUUGGGCGCUAAUUUGUUUCAUGCUGAUGCUGAUACUUGGAGAUCUUUGAGAAAUCGUUUCACGCCAUUGUUUACGUCAGGUAAACUGAAGAAUAUGCUACAUCUUAUCACUGAACGUGCGGAUAAGUUUAGGGACUACGUGUAUCAUUUAUGCAAUGACAAUCCGGAACAGGAAAUUCACAGUCUUUUUCAAAUGUACACUAUGGGCACUAUUUCCGCCUGCGCUUUCGGUGUUGAUAUCGACACGCUUCAUGACAAACUUGAGACUUUCCAUGAAAUGGAUAAAUUGGUUUUGACCCCAAGCUACGCAUCGGAGUUGGAUAUGAUGUUUCCAGGUAUUUUAAAAUGGUUUAACUCCUCAAUCUUCUCUGUCAAAAUAAAAGAUUUUUUCUACGAUCUUGUGAAAAGUGUAAUCUCUCAAAGAGGCGGACUACCUACGAAACGAAACGAUUUCAUGGAUUUAAUAUUAGAAUUGAGACAGCAAGGCAGAAUCGAGACAACAAAACGUCAUGACGAAACUCAGAAACUGAUCUUAGAGCUUUCUGAUGAUAUCAUAGCGGCUCAAGCGUUUAUCUUCUAUGUAGGAGGAUACGAAACGACUGCCACAACGGUCUCUUUCCUCUUGUACCAGUUAGCAAUGAAUCCCGAUAUACAAGAUAAACUAUUAGCGGAAAUAGAUCAGAGUCUGGAGGAUAACAAUGGUGUGGUAAAUUACGACACAAUUCAAAGUAUGCGGUAUUUGGAUAAAGUACUUAAUGAAACUCUUAGAAUGUACCCUAUUGUUGAACCACUGAAACGGAUUGCUAAAGUAGACUAUAAGAUACCUGGUACAGAUGUUACAAUUGAAAAAGGAACGACCGUUAUAGUAUCACCCAUAGGGAUCCACCACGAUGAAAAAUAUUAUCCUAAUCCGCAUAUAUUCGAUCCCGAGAGAUUUUCUCCAGAAAACUCAGGUCAAAGACAUCCUUGUGCUUAUAUACCAUUUGGUACUGGACCAAGAAACUGCAUUGGUAUGCGCUUCGCCAAACUGCAAGGCUCUGUGGGACUUGUGAAGCUGCUGUCCAAGGUCCGAGUGGAACCGUCCAAGAACACGCCGAAAAUCUUGGAUAUCGAACCUAAUAGAAUUAUUAUUGGCCCCAAAGGUGGAGUUCGUUUAAAUAUUAUCCAACGAAAACCAGUCAACGCUUAAGAAAUAAUAUUAAUGAUUGGCAAGCUAGUUGUAAUACAGACAUAAAUGAAUUCUUUUUACGAAAAAUUGAGACUAGGUUAAAAAAACCGAGAAAAAUGUGUUGUUUUCAAAUAAGUAUGAAACACAAUGUCGUAGAUAAAUAUGGUUUAAGGCUUUAUUUAAGGUAAGCCUGCCAACUUUCGUUAUAUUAAUUAAAGUUUCAAUAAUACUUGUAAAUAUGAAUUAAGGGAAAACUAGACUUAUAUAAAAGUAGGUAUUUUGUGGAAACAAAAUAUGUUUUGGUUAUUACUAUUUCUCAAACCCAAAAUUGUACAAAAAAUUGUAUUUUUAAAUAAUUUAAUUGUUAUUUUAGUAAAACUUUGUACUUUGCAUCGAAAUUGUGUUUUAAGGUACUUGUCUAAAUAUAUAAACUAAUAUGCUAU